CUACAGAAUAUAGCUCAGUGUUAAAUUAUUUCAGAUGCCGAUCUUGUGAUGUCAGGAAAUGUCAUCGGUAAUGCAGUACUUAAUGACAGUGGUAUUGAUAAUAUUGAGAUGAGAACUGACGAGUGUGGUACAGGAUGUUCUAAUCAAAAUGUCCAUCAACAAGAAAGCAGCACAUGCCAAGAGCAAGAAAUUUCCACAGAUGGCAUUGAUAAUGGGGCGUAUGAACUAUCACCAAAUCUCAGAGGCAGGGUUUUGAUAAUUGAUAAUUUUCCUGUUGGCGGAGACCAAAUAAGCAAUGCUGAUAGGAUGAAAAAUAUGUGGCUUGAUCUCGGAUACCUCCCAUCAUCGCCAUUCAGAAACCUGACUGCAGCGGAAUUGGUGAAACAGGUCGAGAAGUUUUCCAAGAACCCAUAUUUAAAAAAUGAUACAAGCUGCAUUGUGGUCAUGAUAAUGAGUUUUGGAAAUGAAAAGUUUAUAAAAGGUUCAGAUGGCAUACCUGUCUCAAUUCAAGAGUUGACUAAGAAAUUUGAUGUUGCUAACUGUCGAAAUAUGUCUGGAAAACCAAAGCUGUUCUUCUUUGAACAUUGCCAUGAAGGUGAUUCUUUAGGUGAAGUUGAUGUUGAUGAUUUGCCUGUUCAAGGACAGGCUCUGUUGGGAAAUAAAAGUGAUGCUCUAAUUGUUCACCAAUGGUCACAGCAACCAGAUAUUGAAGAAGGAUCAACCUUCAUUAAAGAUAUUGACAGAGUGUUCCGUGAAGAAGCUGAUAAGCAGGAAAUACACACACUCCUUAAGAAGAUUGGACCAGGAAUACAAAUAACCGACACUUUAAACAGAAGUUUAUAUUUAGCCUUAUAAGGUUCAAUACCAGUGCAACUGUUGGCAUCAUGAAAUGGCAGUUGUUUUCAAUGUUCACUGUAUGCUCAGCUAACUAAGGAGGUAUACUUCCUUCUUGUAAUGGAAAGAUGUUAUAUGAACCUAUUUCAACAAUUCCAACUAAGUUGAAAAUUAUUGUUCCUAUAGAAAAUAAAAGAAAUAUGAGAGGUUUUUGCACUAGCACAAUUCAUCAACGAUUUAUUGUGUAUACGAUAACAACAUAUUUGGACGAUUCAAAUCAAAUGACAUCAUAGUCAUGUUGCCCACUUUAUCAUUUGAUGUAUUUGAUUAAUUAAUUGAAUAAAUGUUAAUUGAAUUGAAUUGAAUUGAAAAAUAAUAAAAUCUUAGUAAAAACGAUUUUAUCGUUUUCCAUGUAUAUACAGUAUGAGGUCAUGUGAUUAGAUUUAUGAAAUUAUUUUUUAUCGUAUACACAAUAAAUCGCUAGUGUGAAAACCUGUCUUAUUUCUUUUGUUUUCUAUAUGAACAAUUCCUUUUUAGCUUUUUAUUAUUGAUCAUUAUCGUCAUAGUGUAACCAGGCCUUUAAUCUAUUGUUUUCCAAAAAUAUAUAGGCCUAAAUAUAUUUCUGAUCAAUGAUACUAUGUAAUUGCUUUUCAAUAUUGAAUAAUCAUUUAGUAAUCAUCUGUUUACAAUAAACUGUAAUAACAUACUCCUUUUUGUAGCUUUAUAUACAGCUAAUAAUAAUAAUUAGUAAUAUCAAGCAUUUGUAGCAUUCCAAGGGAACGCUCAUAGCGUAUUGACUUCUGUGCCCAAAUCAAUCUUAGUAAAUUUGAAAAUUAUAAAAAAUCUUUACAAAAUUACAUUUGUAUUGUUUUAUCUUCUUAUUGUACCAAUUACCAAGGGAUUAAUAGUUACAAAAGAUGCUCAUAAUAUACUGAUUUUUAGGAUCACAUUUAGAACAAACUGUUGAUGUUCAUUAUUUAUUAUAAUAGUCAUGUAAUGCUUUGUUAAUAUUUGUUAAAAGAACCAAUUUUUCUUUGGUUCCAGCCAAGAAAUAAAUGUUUAAAAAAUUA